AUUCUACAAUUCAAGUAUAAACCUAGAAUAAGCUAUACCUUAGAAAACUGCUCAUUAUUGCGUUCUACAAUACAACCGAUAAAUUUAUCUGAAGUAUAAACCUGGUGUACUUGGAGUUAUCUCUUCCAGUUUGAUGGUAUAUCCCAGGAAUAAGUUUAUACUGCCUUCCUAUUGGUUGGUGCCAUUCCGUUUCCUCACGUCAUUUUCCGGAAAAAACUUAACCUAACUUGCUUGUUUUGUUUAAGAGACUGUAUUUUUUUGUUAAAUUCGGUACGUUCAUCAAAUAUUUAAAUGGAUCCUUUCAAUUUGCCUAAUAAUUUUGAAUCUGAUGAUGAAAUUGAGGAGUUCAGAUUAUACAGGAAUCCUAAAGUGUUCAAAGUCAGGCCCAAUUAUUUUGAAGAAUAUGAUGAACUAGAAUUUUUUAAGCGUUUUCGGUUGCAGAAACAGACCUGUGCUAUGCUGUUAGGUUUAAUUCGAGAUGAAAUAACAUCAGCAACAGAUCGCAAUAAUGCCAUACACCCUGAGACAAAAAUUUUUCUAACUUUGCGGUUUUAUGCUACAGGUUGUAUGCUACUUACCACAGGUGAUUUCACAGGGGUAAGCAAAACAUCUGCCUGUGUCAUUGUGACUCAGGUCACAGAGGCUAUUGCUUCUUUGCGACCAAGAUUUGUUAAAUUACCAGAGGGAGAAAUGGAGUGUCAGAGGAUAAAAGAAGAAUUUUAUUCAAUUGCAAGGUUUCCUAAAGUUAUUGGUACUAUUGAUUGUACCCAUGUACGCAUUAUUUCACCGGGUGGUGAUCAAGCGGAGAGGUAUAGAAAUAGAAAAGGGUACUUUUCAUGGAAUGUUCAAACAGUUUGUGAUGCUCGUUUAAGGAUAAUGGACAUUGUUGCUCGCUGGCCUGGCUCUUCCCAUGAUCAGACUAUUUAUAAUAAUAGCAGACUUAAAGGAACAUUGGAAAGUGGAAGAUUUGGAACAUCGGUGCUUUUGGGUGACAGUGGUUAUGGCAACACCAACUUUUUAAUCACACCUUUGGAACAUCCAAAUACUCGAGCAGAAGCUCUAUUUAAUGAAUCCCACAUUCGUACACGUAACUGUGUGGAAAGGUCAUAUGGGGUAUGGAAAAGAAGAUUUCCCAUUUUAUCUUUAGGGAUGCGUGUAUCAUUGGACCAUUCAAAGGCAAUAAUAGUAGCAACUGCAGUUCUACAUAAUUUGGCAAUUGAGGAACAUGAAGAAGAACCACCUCAUGAAAUGGACGUUCAAGAAGUAGACAUACCAGUACCUGUUGCAAAUGUAGGUAUGGUUCGAGAACAAAACCGAAUGCGGGCAUCCCUCAUUCUCAACCAUUUUUCAAAUUUAUGAAAACUAUAUAUUCUUUUUGUAAUAUAAACACAUUUUUAUAUGA